UCCCGCCCCCCAGCGAGUUGUCAUGGCGGCGGUUUAAACAGCAGGAAGUGGAGCUGCAGCUUCGCCUGAAUCCCUAUUUCUUUUUGUGUAAUCUCUUUUUUUAUUAUUAUUUAUUUAUUCCUGCCUUUAGCAGAGACGGGCAAAAUGGAUGUUAAACUGCAGAACCGCCCUGCACAAGUAACCUUUGGAGAACCGAGUCAGCUAAAUGGAUCCUGGGUGCUGUCAGGGUCAGGGAAGAUUCAGGCACAGAGCAAAAGCCAGCUGCAGCAGACUCAGCUCCGCUUUAACAAGGAGGUGCCCACCUCGCCCUCUAACCUGUCGACGAGGUUCCUCAACCCUGCCCCCAUCGUGAUUGAAAAGCUGGCCGCCCCUGGCACCGCCGAGGCUCGGAACGGCAGCAGCCAAUGGGAGGACAGCGUGAGCAGCUCCCAGAGCUCCGUGCGCUUCUCCGUGGUGUCGGAGGACCGGCUGCAGCGGGCGGUGAGGAUGGCACAGAGAGACAUGCGACGCAGACAGCAAGAGGAGGCAUCAGCAACACCCAGCGCUGCCCAGAGGAAACCCAGCAGGGCAAACAUCCAGGACCAGCACAGUCAGAAACAAGGGCUCAGACAAUCACAGACUCCUAAAGCAGAGAUUACGAAGUCGGGCGCCAGGGUGAUUGUCUACACCCCCGAGAGGUUGAGCCACCCCGCCGGGACUGAGACCACCCUCUCUCCCCCCACCCGAGACCCUGGCCCUGGGCCCAAACCCAGGGGCGACAAGCAGGAGCCCGGGCUCAGCCUGGAGAUCCGCAGGCUGCAGAAGGAGCUUGGCACCUACAUCCAGAGGAUCGAGCAGAUGGCUAACAGAGGGAGGGGGCAGGCUCUGGACCCGGAUGAGGAGAGGCGAGCUCAGAUCAGGAGGCAGGAGCAGGCAGUCAGAUCUGCACGCAUCAUCUACAUGCUGCAGCAGCAGGUUAAACAGAUACAGGAGGAUCUGGACAGGCUAAGCCCACACAAAAUCAGACACACAAAAAAGUCGAGGGCAAUGGACAGGCUAGCAGCCGCGCACAGAGGGGCAGUCCGAGCCAUGCAGCUGUUUGUGGGUCAGCUCUCUGACCAAUCAGAGGAGAAGGUGCCCUCCCACUACAGGGAGCUGGGCCAGCUGAUUCGCCAGCUGUCUCUCUGCUCUGCCAAACUGGAGGCGGGGUCAGGCUCUUCUGUCCCGGAGACCGCUAUAGAUAUCCUGCAGCAGCUGGAGGAUCUGGACUGCGCUCUGGGAAAGCAGGAGAGUCCGCGGAGGCAGGCUUCCCGUGCUCGGAGCAGCUCACCGCCGGUCCACACAGCAUCCCGCGGGAGACAACGCAGCGCCUCUCCCACCAGGGGGCGGAGGGGCCAGCGAGGACCAGGUAAACUCACCACAGCCACCGCGAAGACCUCAGCAGAGAGACGGGCUGUCUCGGUAGUUGCUGACCGAAGUCAGUCUGAACUGGGCCCCCCCAGGAAGGGUGACCCCCCCACUCCGCAACGCAGUGAGGUGUUGAGGGCCAGCAUUGAGACUCUGAGCCGCAUGGGGGCGCUGAAGAAGGAGACCCCCGAACCCCCUCGACCCGCCGUGCUCAAGGGAGUGCUGCUCGCGGACAGGCCCAAGGGAUUUCGGCAGCCCAGAGAAGUGCACUUCCAGAAGACCACCCUGGCGUCGCGACUCAAGGAGAACCAACCUCCCCUGAAGGACAGCUCCAUACCCUGGGUGCCCCCUCACCCUACCUCCCCCCCAGCCUCCCCCAGACGGGCUACAUGGAAGAAGCAGGGGGCUGGGGUGCAGUCCUCUCCCCCCAGAGCACCAGGCUCUCCUGGGAGACACAGAGAGACGGUGGAGCUAGAGAGGAGGCAGCUGGCUGAGCACGAGGCACUGAGGCAGGCCUGGCUGGACAACGUGACCGCACGCAGACUGAGGGACCUGAAGGAACUCUGCAGAGAGGAAACAGAGCAGAUUCAGAGACUCAGGGCUGAGGCAGGGUCCCCAACUCGAUGGGCUGAGAGAGCAGAGCAAGCAGCUCAAGAGAGACUGCGCCCCCUGCUGGACCGAGCUCAGCAAAUCAGCAGCUUGUGGGAGAGGAAAGGCACCUCGCUGAGGAACAGGCUGUCUGCCCAGGUGGCUGAGACAGCAGCGGGCAGUGCGGAGCUGCUGAGUGAGAAGAUCCUAGAUGACCUCCUGGAGGACACAGCCCAGGCCCUGUGGGCAGUGGAGCAGGACAGGCAGGCAGAGCGUGGUGGCCUGGCCUUGCAGGACAGCCCUUCUCUGGAGACCAUGCUGCGGAGGAUGGAGGAGAUGGAGAAAGAUGAGGACUCGGUGCGUCGGCGGUUUGCUCACGUUACCUACGCUGGUCCUGAGUUCUGGGUGGAGGAGGAGAGAGCAGACAGAGGCCAGGACCCUGCAGACAGGAAGCCAACAACGCCCCAGCCAAUCCGAAUCACCAAGCUAGCGGGGCACAAGGAGCCUGUGGUGGACAUUGUGAUAGAGACCCCCACCGAGACCAAUGUCCUGUCUGAGGAAUCCGGUUGGGGUGACCUGUCACAGAGAUACCAGCCAAGACAGCCCCUCCCACAGGCCAAGCAGAGGGACGGUACCUUCCUCUCUGUGCCAAUCAGAAUGCAGCAGAGCAUCCAGAAGUACAGCGAGCGGUACGAGGCCUUCCUCCGUCUCGUCUCUCAUGAAGCCGUGGGCAGCUUUAACCCCUGGGUCAUCGCGGACAGCCUGGCAGAGGAGCUGAUGUCAGAGGCGCUGGGUGACGUCGCUGCAGAGUUCCAGGAUGUUUGCGAGGAGUACGCGGAGGCAGUGUUCACAUCCGAGUUCCUGCAGCCAAUACAAUCUCAGAACUCCAUUCCAGGGACAUCCAGCCAAUAGAAUCCAGGUAUUGGCUUCAAAUGGGUCUUCCAGCCAAUAGGACAGCAGAAUUCCAUUCCCGAUCUCCGUUUUCUAAUUGGCUUUGUGAUGACCCAGGCCCGCCCCCUGAGGAGUGGUGUAAAAAGAAGCGAGAUUCUCGGUGUUUGACAUACCAUAAAUCUUUGAGAAGCUAACAGCAGGCCCCAGAGAAGCUGCAGGGGUUUUGACAACCCCGGCUGUUUGAUAAUGCGUGUCAUUUUAUAAUUUAUACAUCAUUCCAGCUCGGAGGUGCACGAGGGCGAUUUGCAGUUGUGAAUGUCUGUGUGAUUAGCCCAGCGAUGCUGCAGCCGGACGGUGAAAGCACUGCCCUGGGACUCGAACCCGCUUGUAAGAAGCGCGCCGGGUCACCGACUGAAUUACAGGAAAGAGCCUCUGUUAGGACCCCUAGAGGCGUCUCAAUAUCACACACGCUCAUCAACCAGCCUGUGAAAUUACUAAAGGUUGACGUUUAGUUUGAUAUUCUUGUGCCGUAUAUCCCAGGAGGUGGAAAUAGAACUCGCAUCGUAUAUCAGUUUGAGACAUCAUUUUAUAUUCCUAGAUUUAAUUAAUACUUUAACUCAGAUUAAAUUAAUCUUUUUAAAAACACACACACACACACACACACACACAAAUAUUGAUUUUGCUCUUAACUGGUACAAUUCAAUCGAGUAAUCUUUAAUGAAUUAAAAACCCUGACCUAGAAAUAAUUGAUGCUAUUUUUAAACAUGCUCUUUUUCUAAGGGAACAAAGAAAGCACAAAGAGUUUCACAUAACAUUGGCAUAAUUGACAGUAAAAAAAAACCUAUGCAAAUGUAUUUGGAUUUGAAGCUUUACUUUAAUGAAGUCUCAAAUUCAUGGAACUUUUCUAGGCUGUUGUUCGUCUCUUUAACAGCACCCUAGAACGGUUCCAUGCAUAUAAGCAGAACAUUAAUCUUGAAUACGAUCCAUUGUCACUAUGGAAGUGCCAGGAACCCACAUGUACCUGUAAUUCACUCCUGCUUCACAAAACCCAGGAGACCAAAUGUUGUACAUGCGCUUUGUAGAGAUAGGAAAAUCUAUUGCCCUCCUGCGGUUUGUCCCUCUUUUUCUCUCUCUCUCUCUCUCUCUCUCUCUCUCUCUCUCUCUCUCUCGAUAUCUCUCCUGAAGUCACAGACAGGCAGUGUUUACAGACUUACAAAUUCUCCCCAGUGGAAAAAUAAAUAAGUAAAUAGGAAAAAAAAGUCAGUGAUUUAACACACCUCGUCAGUGAAAACUUUGUUAUCUUCUUCAUAUCUGUCUCAACCCGAGAGCCUUAGUUCUGGAUGUCUUCUGAGAAGUGAUAGUGUGCCUGAAUUUACAAUCUGUAUCACCUUGCAGAAGCCUGUCUGUUUGGUACCAGGCUAUUUUUUUCAGGGGAGGCAGUUGUGUUGUUCAGAUAGCUGCCUGGCUCCUGUGCGUGACAUCUGACAGCUGGUUUAAUCCAAGUGUGGAGGUGUAAUAGCAUUUUCCAGACAUGGGGGUCAGCUGGUCGAUGAAUAGAAGCUCCAAGGAAAAACCAGGCCCUGCGCGCUGAGUCAACCAGCAUCCCAUCCUGUUACAUAGUUACAUUUGAGACAACCUGCCCCUGCUCCAUCUUCAAGCAUCCCCUGCAAAGGUGUGUGAGUUCAGGGAUAAGCAUGGUGCGACGGGGGAGCUGUGCUGUUUGGUUAGUAAGUUAAUACACUGUGUCCAGGGCGCCUCUUACUGCUUGUGAGCUGUUAUCUUGCGCAGUUUGUGUGAAAGCACUGCAAAGUGGUUCUGCUUGCUCAAACUGUGCAAAGUAUUUUAAAAAAGAAGAUGAUUAUAAUCAGGAAUUGCUAUUAUCAUAUCUUUUUUUUCUUUUUUUUUGUUCAAUGCACGGGUCUAGUAAUACUGCAGCUAGUGCAAGGAAGGCACCAGGCGAAACGUUUUUCUACUUGAAUUGAGGAUUGAUUUGAUCAGCCUAUACCCUACCAGCUGGAGUUUAUUUUUAGAGCAUUUUACGGCACUUGGAAAACCACCCUGAGCUGCAUCAACCACCUGUCCGUUGUUUAUCGGGAUUACAGAUAGAAAUGCUGUCAGUGGCUGAUGCAUUAUAGAGGGAUUCCCAUGAUGUAAAGGAAGUCAAGCUGUGGCUCGUUCAUGUGGGAUAUAGGGUAGAUUAAAUCAGACUUUACAGAUUACCUGGACCUGCUCCAAGGUGCUAACAUGUCCUCUCUGUCCUGUUGGUGCUAAAGGUCCCUGGAAGCUUGUAGCAGAACCAGGGCUAUCAAAUCAUCUCUCCUGACCAAACUCUGGUUUUGUAUAUACAGUAUUGUAAUCAAAUAUUGUGUAGAUUUAAGAAUAUUACUUGAUUUGUCUUUUGUUGUGAAACAUUUUAUAAUUUAUUAUAUUAAAUUAUUUUGAGGUUU